AUAGCGAAUGGUCAUGCCCCUAUGGAAACGACGUCGUUGGUGGAGCUAACAGUAGAUGGCCCAGACAGGAAACUCUCACUCUUCUUGAGAUCAGAUCUCGUCUUGAUUCCAGGUUUAAAGAGAGCAAUCAGAAAGGUCCUCUUUGGGAUCAAGUUUCUAGAAUGAUGGCUGAGGAAUACGGAUAUAAAAGAAGUGGGAAAAAAUGCAAAGAGAAGUUCGAUAAUCUGUACAAAUACUACAAGAAAACGAAGGAAGGCAAAAGUGGGAGGCACGACGGGAAGCAUUACAGAUUCUUCCGGCAACUCGAAGCCAUUUAUGGAGAAUGCAGCGACCAAUUACCAUCCCCCGGUUCAGAAUCCAUCUUCUACCGAAACUCCGACGUCGCCGGAGCCAAUCUUUCCCCGGCGUCGACGACGGGCGGAAACAUCCACAAAGAGGCCAGCAGUGACCACCACAUGGCGUCGGCUGGGGUGAGCCUGAGCUUCUCGAUCUCGUCCGACUUCGAAACGUCGUCGUCGGCGAACUACCACGACGACGAUCUGUCGGCGAUAGCGUUUAUGAUGAAUCAGAGGAAGGUGGAGAACGAUGCUCCGAGGGAGAAGGAGAGGCAGAAGAAAGGGCAGGGCUGGAGAGAGGAGGUGGAGAAAAUGGUGGAUUCGAAGCUGAGUAUAUUAAUGGAAACGCAGGAGAAUUGGAUGGAGAAGAUUAUGGCGAGCGUUGAAGAUGGAGAGAGGGAGAGGAUCAUGAGAGAGGAAGAAUGGAGGAAACAAGAGGUGGCUAGGUUUGAUCAUGAAAUGCAUGAGUUUUGUGCAAGGGAGAGAGCUUGGCUUGAAGCUAGAGAAGCUACUUUAAUGGAGAUUAUGAAGAAAUUUGGAGGGAAAUGAUAAGCAUUUGAAAAAUAUAUGUUCGUGAGUAAGGAGUCCGAAGAUUAUUGGGAGAGGUCACCACAACAUGACUAAUUAGGAAUGUAUGAGAGAAAAAUUUCAAAAACUUUAUUUCGAAUAUGUAUCUAAUGGGUCAUCAUUAGGAGUAUAUAGAUUUCGAAUUUGUACGUAUGAAAUCAA